AGUUCAUUUCUCUAAAAGUCAUUUAUUUCAAAACAUUUGCAUACUUUCUAUAAAACUUGAAUAGAAUUAUUAUUUGUAACUUUUUUAAUAUAUUUUCUUUUUUUAAUAUAAUAUGACAGAUAUUUGGAAUGCAAGGAAGGUUAUUGUAUUAUAAGAAUGGAUCUGCCAUAGCAGCUCUAUUUAAUUGCGCAAUACAAUAACUUAAAAAGUGUCUUGCACAAGUGAGAAGUUCCAAAGUACAAUUUAGUUCCAAGUAGUAUUUUGUCGUACGAUACCGAAAGGGGUUUAUAGCAUCUAUAUUAAUAAUGUUCGCCGGAAAGAUGCUACAUCGGCGGAUGUUAAUAUAUCUGCCCCACUCUUCUUUCUGCACUAGUUUCAAAAUGUUCUUUCCAAAAAUAUAUACAAGAACUGGAGAUAAAGGAAAAUCUUCAACUUUCACUGGAGAGCGACGAAAUAAAGAUGAUGAUAUUUUUGAAGCAUUAGGCUCAACUGAUGAGCUGACGAGUGCCAUUGGGUUUGCCAGAGAAUUUUUACCAGAAUCUUGUGAUAAUAUCAACAAAGAACUUCAAGAGAUACAAUGCAUACUACAAGACCUUGCUGCAGCUAUUGCUACUCCUAAAAGUUCUAGCAAAGAGCGUCAUAGAGAAAAAACAAAAUUCACUGGGGAACAAAUUGAAACUUUAGAAAAUUGGAUUGAUGAACACACGAAAACUCUGCCACCACUGAAUAAUUUUAUACUGCCAUCUGGUGGUCCUGGAGGAUCUGCAUUACAUGUUGCUCGUUCAGUUUGCCGUCGAGCUGAAAGAAGGGUUGUGCCUCUUUUUAGAAUGGAUGAAAUAGAUGAUGCUCCUAUGCGAUAUUUAAAUAGGUUAAGUGAUUAUCUUUUCACUGUGGCAAGAGUAGCAGGGUUAGCUGCUGGACGUGAAGAAUUUAUAUACUGGCAACCUAAACCUCGUUCUAAGCAAAAGAAUGAAUAGGAUUAAAUUUCCUUCUGAAUAUAAAAUUUGAUCUGCUCUUGUGAAAAAGAUCUGGUGUGAGAAUAAUAUGAAUCUCAUAUUCAACAAAUUCUGUCAUUUUUUUAAUAUAUAGUUUUGUGAAA